GCGCAAAGACCGAGUAAAUUUGACCUCCUAUUUUGGUAAGAUUUGGCACGGAAAAGAUCAAGUCCAAGCAUGGCCGUGUGGGACUGGUUUCUCAUUUUCCCGUUCGAAGUUAGUUUCGUCGAAGUGGGUCUGAAGCAGUUGGCCAUAUAAAUGCCUUUUGGGUCGGUGUCCUUAGCGACUUGUGUAGGAUUUAAAUGCGAAAAGCUCAGAGUUCGAACUCGCGACCGCCUGCGACUUUUGAAAAUUCUGCUUCUGGUUUGAACGGGGCAGUGGCAUUGGGAUGGAUGUGGUUGCUGCUUGCAAUGGGCGUGGCAUUAGGUCUUCGGUUCGAGUCGCGGGGGAGAAAUAAUUGGGAAUUUCUGGUUGGAUUGCUAUGGGUUUGUGCUGUGCUGUGCGAUCAGAGAGUAGAUGCUCAGGGCUCCAUGUCUACAAUUUCUGCGAGCUUUAAGGGAAAUGUUAGUACAGUGUGUGCGAUCCGCGCAGGGGGAAAUAAUAUCCUGUGUUGGAAUUCAACCCAGCAGCAGACUACCUUUUCCCUGGGCGCGAGCUAUAUGGGAAUCUCCGGUGGUAAUGGCAGUGUCUGUGGGUUAACAGAGGACCGUCGGCGGGUUUUUUGUUGGGAUACAGAAACGCAGAACAGGAAACGGCUGUCAAUUAGGAGGCGUUUGAUCGAGGUUGCAGCGGGCGGAACGCAUGCCUGCGGGCUGUAUGAAGGCCGCGGGGAUGUUUAUUGUUGGAGGGGACUGGAAUCCCCACCGAGUGGGGGAAACUACACGGGAAUUACAGUUGGGUCUGAGUUUGCCUGCGGGAUAAAUGAAACGAAUUCCAGUGUGCAAUGCUGGGGAACAAAUCCGCCCCAGGUUGAUUCUCGGGCGAUGAGUUUAAUUUCCGCAGGAAAUUCCAGCCUCUGCGGGAUUGGACGGGACGACGGGCGGGUCGUCUGUUGGGGAUCGUUGAGCGGCCUGGUGCCUACGGGUGAGAACUCAUCCGGAUUCGAUUCUCUGGUCGUUGGGGCGAAUUAUGUUUGCGCGAGGCGGAUCAUUAAGGGGACACUUGUUUGUUGGGGUUCGAUUCAGGGGAGCGGGUACCCGCAGAAUGUUUCGUUCGAGGACAUCGUGGGCACCGACGGGUUCGCGUGCGGAAUCGUUACAAGGAAUCUCUCGGUGCUCUGUUGGGGAGGGAAGUUUUUUGGGAAUUCGUUUUUGAUCAGCCCGUUGAAUAAUACUCUCCCAGGUGACUGCGAACAGAGGAGCUCAUGCCCCUGUGGGAUUUCCCCCAAUUCCGAGACCCUCUGCGGUGGGUCUGGGUCCGGGGUGUCUCGGGUUAUCUGCAAAUCCUGCCCGCCUCCGCCACCGCCUCCGGCCACGGCACCUCCUCCUCUUCCUCCACCUCCACCUCCAUCUCCCCUUGUUCCACCCGUUUCUCCUCGGGUCAUAAGAAAAAUGUCCCGGGCAGCAAUUGCGCUGACGGUGCUCGGAUCCGUCGGAGUCCUGGUGGGCGUCGUGACGGUUUCCUGGUUCCUGUACUUCAAAUACUUCCGCCACGCCCGGCAGCGCAGCGGGCGGGUCUGCGACGCAGAGCAGGAGCAGAACCAGAACCAGCAGCAGCAGCAAAGCUCCACGCCGCCAGUCUCUUCCGCCUCUCAACCCAAACGCCAGACCUCGGUCCGAGGGGCCUCCCGACAGGUCCGGCGGCAGCGGAGCGGGACAUCAAAGGGGGAAAUUCGGCGGCAGCGGAGCGGCCCGUCGAAACGGGGCGACAGAGCAGAAGAGUUUUCUCUCACGGACCUCUCCCUCGCCACAGAUGGGUUCUCAGAAAAUUCGAAGCUGGGGUCAGGCAGCUUCGGGACGGUCUACCUGGGGACCCUUCCGGACGGGCGCAAGGUCGCAAUCAAACGGGGCGACAGUCGGAACGCGAAAAAGAACAAGGAGAACGAAUCGGCUUUCGAAUCGGAGCUCUCGUUCAUGACCCGCCUCCACCACAAGCACCUGGUGGGUCUGGUGGGCUACUGCGAGGAAGAGGAGGAACGACUCCUGGUCUACGAAUACAUGUCCAAUGGGUCCCUCCAUGACCACCUGCACAAAGCCGUCGCCAUUAACCCACCACUGGACUCUUGGGCAAUGCGAAUCAGAAUCGCGCUGGACGCCGCCCGGGGAAUCGAGUACCUUCACACAUACGCCGUACCGCCCAUCAUUCACCGUGACAUAAAGUCAUCCAACAUACUUCUGGAUGGGUCCUGGAACGCCAAGGUGUCGGAUUUCGGGCUUUCGUUGCUGGGCCCCAUGGACGAGGAGUCCCAUCUGUCUCUCAUGGCCGCCGGAACCGUGGGCUACAUUGACCCGGAGUACUACAAAAUGCAGCACCUUACCACAAAGAGCGACGUUUACAGCUACGGCGUUGUUUUGAUGGAGCUCCUCACGGGCAAGAAAGCCAUCCACAAGCAUGACGGUAGCGGAGGGCCCAGAAAUGUUGUGGAUUUCGCUUUGCCCUAUAUAGUGAACGACGAUUUGCCCAGUAUUCUAGACGACCGGUUGCCCCCGCCACGGCCGUAUGAAAUUGAAGCCGUCACUUUUGUGGGUUUAACGGCGAUGGACUGUGUCAAUUUGGAAGGGAAGGAUCGGCCCUCCAUGACUGAGAUCGUUGCUAGCUUGGAAACGGCGCUGGCUUUCUGCUCGCAAGCCGCCUCCCGUUCGGCCUCCCGGACCCGGUCGCCCCCGAGCAACGAUGAUAAUUUUUCUGUACUAUAGAUUAUAAUUAUUUGUACACAUGUAUUCUUUGCAAAUUUUGGAGGAGCUUAGAGCUCUACACCAUUUAUUUGUGGAAAUUUAUUGUAAACCACUAUCAAAAUGAAAAUUUAAAGGUUUCCUUCU